GUCGAUGAACAGGAGGAGAGGAUCUCAUACGUCUUGUUAAGGCAACCAAUAUUACCAAGAACAAGAAGUAGUCAUCCUUAGGACAGCAUCAUGAUCAUCCUUAGCCUACAAGGGGAAAAGUAUCCGCGAGAGAACCUACCAGCUCCAGGAUACGAUGACCACGCGGUAGUAAGUUCUAAGUUCUAAUCUUAGAAAAGAUCCGUUUAGACGGUUUUGAAGCUAAGACUGUUACGGCUUUGAAUUCAGGACAGCGGAAGCGAUUGAGCAUCGCAGAAGAACUGUUGAACCAACCAGGGAUUUUGAUACUCGAUGAGCCAACGUUUGGUUUGGAUCCUAAGGGGGCACAGGAAAUCAUCAGCAUUUUGUGCGGAGGCUUGGGGAGUACGAUGGCG